CAGAGACUGAACCGGACCUCGUCGGUCGGGAAAAAUUUUAGGCAUUUUUUUUCUUUUUGUAUUUCUUUUCCGGAAAAGAUUUCACUCGGUGGGAGGCUCCCUUCGGCGCAGGCGCGCUCGGUGUUUUCCCGUCGGCCGGAUUGGCACAUGGUGGACGCCAUCUUGGGAUUUAUAUCGAAUUCGAGGAUGGGAAAAUGUUGUUAUUUUGUUAACGGUAGCGUCCGUUGCUGGUUUUUAAAUGUUUAAAACAUGGGUAUUCAAUCGCUACAGCGUUUCAUCGAGACAAACUGUCCGGGUGCGUGCGUUCCGGUGGAUUUAUUAAAGAUAGCCAGAAGCGUCGGCGUCAGACGUCGACAACCACCAUUUUACCACCAGAAUCAACGUUUGUGUUUGGUCGUGGACGGGGAAUGUUGUUUAGAUCGACUCUACGGAGGAUACUUCAGCGACUGGGUGUGCGGAGGACAGUGGAAUCGCAUGGUUCAAUUCCUUUCUGUCUUGAUCCAGACUAUCCAAAAUAAUAAUAUCGAACUGGCGGUGUUCUUCAACGGAGGGCUCGAACCGCAACGAAUAAACGAGUGGAUAAAAAUUCAACUAGAGGAUCGCAAGAAAAUUAAUCAAGUAUUAAAGCACGUAGCCACCAAAGCCACUCCUCCUCCGAAAAUAUGGUGGAUACCGCCCGUUUCGCUUCGCACGUGUCUGAGAAUGGCUUUGCGCCACCUCAACGUGACCGUGGUGUGCACCAUGGACGACCAUCACCAGGAGGUGAUCGCCUUCUGUCGCGAGAACAGCUUUCACGGCCUUAUGGCCGAAGACGCCGAGUACGCCGUAUUCGAUCCACCCAGGUACUUUUCGUCCGAACAGCUGAAACUGACGUAUAAGGGCUCAUUAGAAACAAGAGAAUUUAUAUUGGAUGAAGUUGCAAAAAGUCUUAAUUUGCAUCCAAAUCGAUUUUGUAUACUUGCAGCUUUAUUAGGAAAUUAUUUACUCACAGAGGAAGAUUUGCUUUCCUUUUAUAAAGUAUUACAUUCAGAUAAUAAAAGCAAACAAAAUAAUCCAGAUUUGUUGAUUAAAGAUGUUGUGGAAUUUGUUCGUAAUUUACCAUCAAUUGACAAUUUAGAUGUUAUUGGUGCACAAGUAUUUGGACAAAACAAACAAGAUAAAAUUCAGAAAUUUAAACAGUGUGUGCAAUAUUACUUAAAUGGAACAAAAGAUGGAUUUUUGCAUUAUCGUCCUGCUAUGCAAGGACGCCGACAGGAACCUGGUUGUUAUCCAUCAACAAAAAAUUUAUCGACUGUAACGGAACAAUCUAAACAAUAUUCACAGUUAGAACAAACAGAAGCUUGUCUAAAGAAUGAGUCAUUAAAACCAUCAUCUUCCAAUUCAAUUAUGUCACCUGAUGGAGAAGAUCCUUUUCCUCAACCAUCAACUAAUAGUGCAAGAUUUGCAUCCGAAACUGCUGAGAGUGAGCUUUCAAGUCUUACAGCUUAUAAUCAAGCUACAGGUAGUUAUAAUAAGUCUUCAGCUCCACAGAUUGUCAUAGAACCACCCACUUCUCAGUCUGCUGUCUUUUCUACAGAACUUGGGUCAGAAAUACAAUCACAGUUAGAUCAUACAAUAGAAAAUGAUAUUAUUCAGUCUAAGCAAGAAAAAGAUGACGAUAAAUAUGAAGGAACUACUGAUUCCCAUAGCAUUGCUGGAGGCUGUUCUUCCCCUCAUCAUAUCAACGGAGGAUUAUUACUCAGUUCCAGUGCAUCAUCAAGUAGUAACAGUUCGAGUCCUAAUCGUCUUAGUCCAGAAGUAUCAUGGUCAUCAAAUCUUCAGCAGUCCAAAGAUACAACAUUUGAACAUCAUUUUCAGGAAAUUCCAAAAUUGCCUUCGGUUCCACCUGAGGUGAUGAGAACGGCAAGUGAAAGGCAUCAAAAAGGAUUAAUGUCUCCGUGGAUAUAUCAAAUCCUUUCUCAAGGAGAAAUAAAAAUUCCUGUGAUAUUUGAAGAGGAUAUUCCUCGAGAUCUUCCAUCACCAGUAUUAUUGUAUAGGUCACUUCGACAGAUGGUUUAUGCUAUUUUAUUUAAUUUACAUCAUCAUCAAUUUAUGGCAAAACAGAAAGAAAAGGAUGGUUUCACAGAAAAAAUUCCAGAGAUAUUGAUAAAGGAAUGGAUCUGGGAUAAAGUCAAACAAUAUCAACAUCCUGAUUAUGUGAGUGCCGUACCUUUAGGAUGGGCUGUUCCUACUGUACAGCGUUUAUGGUUUGGUUCAUCUGUAAAUGACAAAAAGAGAAGAAUGAGAGCUUUUCUCACGUGCAUGAGAAGUGGUUCCCCAUUAAUGUUAAAUACAGCUUAUGUUCCUCAACAUUUACUUGUAAUAUGUUGCAUUCUUAGGUAUAUUAUGUCUAAUCCUGACCAUCCUAUUCUAAGAAAACAAGAACUUGAUGCAUUUCUUGCUCAGGCAGUAUCUCCUCAUUUAAUGAAUGCACAACACACCCAAAACAUGCAGCUACCUCUAAUAACUGCAAGAGGAAUUCAUCUUGCCGCAAUGUUCAUGCAGGGUGUCGAAUGUGCACUCUUUGCUAAUGAUGCCUGUGGCGCGCCCAUUCCUUGGUUAAUGUGUUGUCCUUGGCUCUUCUUUGAUGGAAAGUUAUUUCACCAUAAAUUACUUAAAGCAAAUGGAGCAAAAAAUCUAAUUGAAGUUUGUGAUGGUCAGAUUAGUCAAGUAGCUAAAGUAGAAAGAAUGAGAACUGCUAUACUGGAUGGAUUGCAGGUGGAAUUUGCUCGACCACCGCCACCAAUAUUGCCACGUCCUGCUCCUCCACCACCUUUACCUGGGUUCCGUGGACCACCAUUUGUUGCUACAGCUGGUUCUGGUUUAAACAUUCGUGGUCGGGGCCGAGGUGUUAUUGGAUGGCCCACAUCUCUGCUUGGGAGAUGGAGCAGUGGGGGGGGCCAGUUUAUGGUAAGUUUGGUAGCAAGUCCUUCCUUUAGAAUUGAUAAUGACGAAGCCAGAACCAUUGCCUGUGUCGUUGCUGGAACCAUCAGUGUAGACGGUCCAGUUAGCCUUAAGAUUUUGAAUGUUGUUGAAGUCCCAGUUGAUGGUGUAGCCUAG